AUGGGUAAAAGGAGUGGCUCGUGUAAGCGGGAGAAUAAUAUUAGAAGAAAAAUACGAAAGUUGGAAGAGAGGCUGAGGGGUUCCAGACGCCGGAUUAUUUCAUCAUCGUCAGACGAAGAAACUAAUGAUGGGAACGUCGUUGGCGAUAUACCCGAUGCCGAAACCGGGCGAGUUUCGCCAAUAAUAAAUGAAAUACACACGGAGCAUUUAGAGUUGUUAGAUGUGCUGUCGCCUCUUCCGGAAACUCCACCAGGACAAUCAUUUCAGAGCGAUCCAAUACCUGGGCCUUCUUCGGCUGAAGAUAUUGUAACAGAGUCAUCUGCUAGCGUUGAAAACAAUUCUGGCGAACCGCUUGACGAAGACAUCUUACAGAUAUUGGGGACGCUCCUGCUCCCGAUAUCGCUC